UUUUGAGCGAAACUGGAAAUGUAGCAGGAGCAGCCAGCAAAUAGCCGACGGCCUUUGGAAACCCAAGAGCAUAUAAAUGAACGGCCAACAUUAACCAUCGGUUUAUUCGUCCUGCAGAUACCGAGCCGACAAAAUGAAUAAACUGUGGAUUUGUUUCGCAAUUGUUUGCGUGUUGGUCGCCUCUUCGGAAGCAGCAUCACAGGAUUGUCCACUUGCCAGUAAAAUGACCAGUUGCAGUCCGAAAUGCAAGGACGAUACCGAAUGCUUCGGCCGCAGGUGCUGCACAAAUAUUUGCAAUACAAAAUCGUGCGCUGCAGAGAACCAACUCGGAGCUAGUGCAUCCAGUGGAUACAAAGGGAGUGGAGGUAGCGCAACCGGAAACUAUUGCGGAAACGUGAAAUGCAGCGCUUAUGAAACAUGCAAAUUCGAUAGCUCCACCAAGAGGCAAAAAUGUAUGAGGACUUAAACGUAGAAGAGAAUCAAAACGUAAACAUGUUCUUGUCUAAUCGUUUUCGAAAGUUAAGUCGUAUAUGCAUAAUUAAUGUCUGCUUAUCGGGGAAAAUAAAGAAGUUUUUGUGAUUUCUGUAACAUUUAA